AUGACCAACAAUCAGAAAACUUUCACUCUUUCCAACGGCGCUCGGAUUCCUGCCAUUGGUCUCGGAACCUGGCAAGACGAGGAGGCCCAAGAAGCAGCAGUCCUUGCCGCUCUCCACGCAGGUUAUCGCCAUAUUGAUACGGCAAGAUGCUAUGGCACUGAGCCUGCUGUUGGCAAAGCCAUAAAGCAAAGUGGCAUUCCUCGGGAGGAACUUUUUGUUACCAGCAAGCUCUGGAACAAUAAGCAUCACCCGGAGGAUCUUGACCAAGCAGUGCAACUUUCAUUGGAUGAUCUUGGUCUGGAAUAUCUCGACCUGUUCUUGAUGCACUGGCCUGUUGCUUUCAAGCGUGGAGAUGAUCCUUUCCCGUCCAACAAAGACGGGAAGCUGAUCACUGAUAAUAUCGACUAUCUCGAUACAUAUAGAGCCAUGGAAGGCCUUGUCAAAUCCGGUAAAGCUAAGGCUAUCGGAAUUUCCAACUUUUCCCAAGAGGAAGUCGAACGCAUUCUUGACAACGUGGCGAUUAAACCGGCCGUGCACCAGAUGGAGCUCCACCCCUGGCUUCAACAAAAGAAAUUCUACGACUUCCAUCGGAAGAAUGGUAUUCAUGUGACGCAGUUUUCACCAUUUGGAAACCAAAAUGAAAUCUACGGUUCUCGCGAGGAACAUGGUCAGCUGGUGAAUGAUCAGACCUUGGUAGAAAUCGGAAAGAAGUACGGAAAGACCUCAAACCAAGUCGCUUUGGCCUGGGGUAUCGCACAUGGCCGUUCCGUCAUCCCCAAAUCAAAGUCAGCUGAGCGAAUCAAACAGAACUUUGAUAUUGCUUUCGAGUUGGAGCCUGCAGAUAUUGAAAAUAUUGAUGCGAUCGACAAGAAGCUCCGUUUCAACGACCCAAGUAAAGACUUUGGCUACGAACUAUACUCAGGGCUUGAUGGGAAAUAG